UAUAUUGUUCGCUUUUAUCCCCAGCCAUCUGACAGUGACAUUUAAUUACAUGUAGCUAGCUUUUAUAAUUAAAAUAUCUAACAGCAACACUGCACAUGUACAUUCUAGUUACUUUGUUUCCAUAUUCCUCUUAUCACAGUGAUACAAAUUGAGGCAGCUUAAUGGAACCUAAUCGCUGUGUUGUUUUGCACUGUGAUUGGCUUCUGUGUUUCAAAAUACAAAGUCCCGCGCACUAAUGAUAUGUCAUGAUUGGCUUCUCUUUCUUUCUUCUGUAGUUGGCCGCAUCCGGUUUGAAUGACGACGCUGCGGAUACAAAAAAGAGAAAGGGAUAAUAGGACUAGCUAGCUAAGAACAGCGGAAAAAAAGAUUGACAUUUUACUCUUGUUUAUCAAUUUUGCGGAUGCUAGAUCAGUAUUUUUGACUACCUAUGUCAAGUAACUUAUGUUAGCUAGACAGCAGAGAGAGAUGAUMGAUAUUUAAGAAUAUUUAGCUAUUUAUUUAGCAUUAGCUUAGCUAUUAUUGGCUAGCUACAGGCUUAGUUAGCUAACGUUAGCUACCAAGGAAAUUGUUUGACAACACAUUGUCUGGGUGACUAGAUAUUUCACUCUAUUUGUUUUUAUCUUUGACUUUUUCUUGAUCUUGGUGAUAAUGGCAACAUCGGCCCUGUACGCGUGUACGAAGUGUAACCAGCGGUAUCCUUUCGAAGAACUGUCGCAGGGACAGCAACUGUGCAAGGAGUGUCGCAUCGCUCAUCCCAUCGUCAAGUGUACAUACUGCAGAUCAGAGUUUCAGCAGGAGAGCAAAACAAAUACAAUUUGCAAGAAAUGUGCCCAGAAUGUAAAGCAGUUUGGGACGCCUAAACCCUGCCAGUAUUGUAACAUCAUUGCUGCUUUCAUCGGAACAAAGUGUCAGCGUUGCACUAACUCAGAGAAGAAGUAUGGACCUCCACAGACCUGUGAGCAGUGCAAACAACAGUGUGCAUUUGACCGCAAGGAAGAGGGUAGGAGGAAGGUGGAUGGGAAGCUGCUGUGCUGGCUAUGCACUCUGUCCUACCGCCGUGUGCUGCAGAAGACCAAGGAGCAAAGGAAAGGCUUCAGCUCCUCCCACUCCAACUCCUCGCUCAAUGAGAAGGACCACCACUCCAGACAGCAGCAUCAUCAUCAACACCACCAGCAGCACAGACACAGCAGCUCACAUAAACUCAGUGGGAGCCUAAGUCCAGAGCAGGAGCAGGGACUGUGGAAGCAGAGGUCUGAUGGAGAGCCUCAGUGGCUAAAGUUGUGUGUUGGUUCUCCCCUUAGCCAUAAAUCGUCUUCGAUCCAGAAGGAGACCCCAAAGAAGAAGCCAAAACUGGAGGUGAAGCCAUCCAACGGGGACAGGUACGAGAGGAGUUUCAAUCACAUUAGUUCCAUUACCCAAUCUAUGGAUUCUGGAGGAACGGACAACUUCAUUCUGAUCAGCCAGCUGAAAGAAGAAGUGAUGUCAUUAAAGAGAAUGCUUCAACAGAGGGAUCAGACCAUACUGGAGAAGGACCGAAAGCUCACAGAACUCAAGGCAGACUUCCAGUACCAGGAAUCCAACAUGAGGGUAAAGAUGAACAACAUGGAGAAGGCGCACAAAGAGGCCAUGGAACAGCAACAGGCCAAAAACCGGGAGCUGCUGAAACAAGUGGCCGCCCUCUCAAAGGGCAAGAAGUUUGACAGGACAGGGAGUUCACUGCUGUUACCGUAACGACAAGCCCACCCAACCACGACUCAGUGGCUUCUUUGUUUUAACACUGAAAGCCUGAUGCCAUUCUACCUUUCCCUCCCUCCUUCCUGUGUUUUCUCAAUCAUUUUGAUCUUUUCAGUUAUGUUAUUCGUUGGAAAACAGGUGACCAUGCUAUACAUGGAAAUCCUCUUUCAUGUUGACAUGAAAAUAAGGACGCAUCCUCAAUUUCAACAUGUUUUAAAUGUUCUAACCCUGAGUUUUACUCUGCCACUGGAUGUGAUGUGACUGUGGGUGAGGAGAGAGCCUCGUUAACACUGCCCGGGUCCAGCAGCAUGUUUUGCGCAAGGUGGAUACGAUUCUGUCAACAUCACAGAUCCCACUUGAUUUUUACGGAUGUCAUGCAAUUUUAUUUAUUCAAUGAAAUUUUGUAGCUUUUGGUCUUUUUCUCACCACAUACUAAGAGCAUUUCCCAGGUUUGGGAGAAUUGUUUUCUUCAACAGCAACUUUCUCGUAACAUAUUAAUUAUAUUUUUCUAAAUGGACGUAAUUAUGGAAGAGAAACUCCUCCUUAUUGGAGACCCUUCUCAACUUCCUAUGUAUGCAAAUGUCAAAAGGGUGACUGACAGCAGCAGAGCUCUCUCUAGAUGUUAAAGUCCAAAAACCAUCAACUCUAUGAGAGAUUUUUUAACUUUGUUUUGUAGAGACACUUCACGGCUGCCCUCUUUCUCACUGUGUGACAGCUGUAGUGCUUUGCUGUUCUUCUGUAGUGGAACGAUUUGUAAUACUGCAUGACUUACUGACAUAUACAGGUUAGCAUUGUGGUCUCCUGUACUAUAAUGUAGGGUUUCUCAAAUUGGGGUUCACGGGCCCCUGGGGAGGUAAUGCAGGAGUUCUGCGGCCAGAUCUCAAAAUAACAGUUUUUGUUUUCAAUUUAAUUUAAAAAAUCAUGAAUAUUACUAACAGAUUAAUUAUUAAAUUAGGUUUGGUGACGGGGUCCGUGGAUUAAGUUGAGGGUAUAAUAAAAUGUAAUAUUAAUCUACGGUUUGUUCUUAACUCUGGGCAGAAUGGCCUUGGGAGGCUCACAGGGAUAUUGGUAUCCACAGUACUCCACCAGUGAUCUAUUAUUCAACUCGUUACUUCUCCCCCUCACCCAAGAAAAUGCAGAACAUAAAUGCACUGUAAUUAAAGUUCUCUGCCUCAUAGCAAAAUGUGUAGAAUUGCAGGACAUUAGCUUGUAGGGUAUUAGCUUGUAUGCUGCUAAUUCUCACUCGAGUUGUGUUCUGGUUAAGAGGGGGUCCCUGAUGAAUUUGCUAUGACAAGAGUCCCCGGCCCCAAAAAGUUGAACACCUGCUGUAAUGUACUUUUUCAGCAUUUUUUUAAUAAGUGUAAAGGUAUUACAGGGAUCAGCCUAUGUAUUUAAAAUGUGUAACUUGUAUCGGUUUUAGUGAGUGUGUGUGUGUGUCAGGUAAGGCUGGUUAAUUAUAUAAAUACACAUCUGUAGAAUACGCUUUUUAAAGGAACGUACCGUUUCAGCUCUGCACCAAACUGAGCUGGUUUCAUACUGUGGCGUACUGAUCACUUUUGUACUUUUUCCAAACCCAAUGUUUCAAAAAUAUUAAAUCUGGUUAAACAUA